AUGGGCUCUCGGCUGGAGCAGAAGUCGACUCUGGUCAGGAAGCGAAUCGAGGGACACACCUUCGACGCCGAGGAUGGAGACGAGUAUGAGGGCUCGAAGUUCGGUGGCUUCUCUGAGUACUUCAGGAGGAAGAAGAUCAAACUCCAGAAUCUGGAUGCUCAAGUGAGAGCGCAGUCGACGGACAAGCCGAAGAUAUUCAAGGGUCUGGUAUGCCAUAUAAAUGGCUAUACGCAGCCAAGUCUCAAUGACUUGCAUACCCUGAUUGUUCAAUAUGGCGGUGGCUUCAUACAGUAUCUUGAUGGCAAGACCAUGGUCACGCACAUCAUCGCUUCGAACCUGACGCCCAAGAAGAAGGAGGAGUUUAAGCGGUACCGCAUUGUUAAGCCAGCUUGGGUUGUGGAUAGUAUUGAUGUGGGCAAGCUAUUGCCUUGGGAGAAUUACCGUGUUGUUGACGAAGGCGCGAACCAGAAGGUGUUGGGUUUUGCGAAUGGUACGAUGACAAGCCAAGUCAACCGGAAUACGCAUCGCUACAAAGAGCAGUCUGAUGCGAGCUGGUACACGGGCCAGCUCAAGGCACAAGAUGCUGAGAAGUCGAGUGUCUCAAGCAGGCCUGCUAGCUUCGCGCAGACAGUCACACCUGACGAGGAGAUCGACGAGGAUGAGUAUCCGAUGCCUGAGAUUACGAGCUCGGUCGAGCGUGCACUCGCCGAAGAUGACCUGGACGAUGACGAACCAAUGCUGGAGGCUGUAGAGGCUUCUGCCAACCUACUUGAAGUCAGGACCGAGCUCGAGACGCCACCGCCUUCGAGUCCACCUCCAGCACAGCAUAUUCAAGAUACAGAAGAUGUGAUGGCACAGCAAAACACGGAGAUGACACUUCCCGAGACAUCUGCAUUUCGUCCACGCGAGGGCUCACAGGAGCCCGACUAUUCCAUGGCCGUUGUGCGCGACUCUGAGGCUCUCCGUGCUGUCUCGCCCUCCAGGCUAGCCAGUAUGACUGCUGAAGAGCACAAUGCAUUGUUGCUAUCAGAUCCCAAGAUUCGAAAGUCAACCGUUGUGAACCCAGAGUUUCUCGACCAGUACUAUCGCGAAUCACGACUACAUCAUCUAUCCACAUGGAAAGCCGACCUCAAAGCCCAGCUACAAGCUGUUGCGGCGGAGAAGUCCUCGUCGCAAAAGCAAAAAUUGAAGAAAUUACCUGGUCAACGGCGCUACAUCAUGCAUGUCGACUUUGACUCUUUCUUUGCCGCAGUCUCACUGAAGAACUACCCGCAGCACAAAGACAAGCCUUGUGUGGUGGCACAUGGUAAUGGAUCUGGCUCUGAGAUUGCAAGCUGCAACUACGCAGCACGAGAAUUUGGUGUGAAGAACGGAAUGUGGAUGAAGCGUGCUCAGGAACUCUGUCCAGAGAUCAAAAUCCUGCCGUAUGACUUUCCAGCAUAUGAAGCAGCGAGCCGGAAAUUCUACGAAGCCAUCCUUGCCACGGAGGGGGUCGUGCAGAGCGUCAGUAUCGACGAAGCACUAGUCGAUAUCAGUGCUUUGUGCUUCGCAGAAAGUGGUACGGACGGUGUUCAGCGGCACGAAGGCGGUGUGUUUCGUGAGCAACGCAAGGCCGACGAGAUCGCUCAGAACAUGCGCGAUGAGGUUUUGGCCAAGACUGGGUGCAAUGUCUCUGUGGGUAUUGGCGGCAACAUACUGCAAGCGAAGCUAGCGUUACGCAAGGCAAAGCCCGCUGGUCAGCACCAACUUCGACCAGAGGAGGUCUUGGACUUCAUCGGUAUUCUAGAAGUAGAGAAGCUGCCGGGCGUAGCUUGGAGCACCAGCAGCAAGCUUGAAGAGAUUGGUGUGAAGCUCGUAAAGGAUAUCCGAGAACAGACCAAAGAACGACUUAUCAACACUCUAGGUCCGAAGACCGGCGAGAAACUGUGGGAAUACUCUCGCGGCAUCGAUCGCGUGGAAGUCGGCGAGCAGGUUGUGCGCAAAUCCGUUUCAGCUGAAGUCAACUGGGGUGUACGCUUCGAAAACCAUGAACAGGUUGACGAAUUCCUCCAAGGUCUAUGCGGCGAGCUUACCAAGCGUCUUCUCAAAGAAGGCGUGAAAGGUCGCCAGCUCAAUCUCAAGGUCAUGCGCCGUGCUGCUGAUGCUCCACGCGACCCGCCAAAGCAUCUCGGGCAUGGCAAGUGCGAUACUCAUAACAAGGGUAUACAGCUUGGCGUUGCCACGAACGAUACGGCUGUCAUCACGAAAGAGGUCAUCACAAUGAUGAGAAGCUUGAAUAUAUCUCCGGGUGAGCUGCGAGGCAUUGGCGUGCAAAUGCAAAAGCUCGAUCCAAUCAGGGCAGGAAUGCAAGACCCGGGUAGUCAAAGAAGAUUGCAAUUCAAGACUGGUCAGGCUAUCAAGCCACUACACGAAAGGCAGAUCUCAGAAGCAAAGUCGGCCGGUGAUCCCAUACAAGAUGAUAUUAAGACGCCCGAGAAGCAAAGGAGAGUCGACUUUGGUAAGCCGAGUUUGCCAGUCCAAGUUGUCGAUCCUGGCACGCCGACUAAGAGGAUGCUUAACACGCUUGGCACCCAGUUCGUGUUGCCAACGCAGGUCGAUCCUGCGGUCCUAGCUGAGCUACCAGAGGACAUUCGGGCCAAGCUCGCACGCCACCUCACGUCGAACGAGCUAGAGAAGGGUUUCGAGAACGUCAGAAGUGAAGAGGAAGAUACGAGGCCUGCAAGAAGUCUCGGCUUCGUUGCCACUGCCUUACCGAACCAGUCUCAGCUUGACCCUUCGAUUCUGGAUUCCUUGCCAGAGGACGUGCGCAACGAAGUCUUGGGGUUCUACAAGUCCCCAGGCGGUCGCAAGCGUGGUGAACAAGCCCUCCUACCACAGUCGCCACGGAAGAAUCGAACCCUACAGACCACAAAGCAGCCGGUCAAGCGUAAGCGUGGCGGAGGGCUUUUCGCUGGUCGUGCGCGUAGCAACUUGCACAACAGCGACAUUUCUACGCUGACGCAGGCCAAUUUCGUCGCACGCCCCAUGAGUAAGCACUUACAUGACGACGCUGGCACAACAACAGAAGACAACACAGAAGGCGAGGCUGACGAAGUCGACCCCGAAUUCCUUGCGGCCCUGCCAGAAGACAUGAGGCAGGAAGUCCUCGCUCAGCAGCGUAAUGCUCGCCUAGCCCGUACGGGUGGUAUUGACCUGUCAUUGCAUCAGCGAUCUAAGGCAAAGCAGAAAAAGAAGCUGUUUGAUGAGGAAGGGCCAUUGGAUCGCCUACUGCAGUUACCACCUCGACCCGACAAGCCAACCUUCACCACAGGAAAGCUUAGUGAGCUUGCUGAUCUGCGAGGAGCGGUGAAGGCCUGGUACGAGGAGUUCUCCGACGAAGGUCCCUAUGACGAAGAUGUAAAGGCUCUGAGUAGAUAUCUCCACGAUGUCGUGGUCGAUGAGCGAGACAUCAGCAAGGCCGUGGCUGUUGUGAAAUACAUGGUUUGUCUGCUGGACGAGCACGGGCAGACCACGCAGACGGUUCAGAAAGCAUGGGAGACAGCUCUUGACCACAUCAAGGAAGACGUUCAAACUGCUUGUCAUGAGCGAGGAAUGUAA